GCUGUUAAUUCACUCUCUUCUGUCUGUGUGCAGAGUCUGCUUUGGGUCACUCCCUCCAUCUCCUAAAAGAAGUCUACAACUUCCACUUAAGUCUGAGCUUCUUCCUCCUCUUCACAGCCUGUGUGCGGCACUCGCGAGGCACCCAACCUGUUCGGAUCCGCUGGAUUUCUUUUUUGACUUUUACAUUUUUGUUUUAAUCUGAUAAUAUUAUCAUCAUCGUCGUUGUCAUCAUCAUCUUGCCCACUUCACCGUUUCAUUCUCUGAAUUGGCAGUUGCCGUCCAGUGUGCCUGAGUGAAGAUGUACCUGGAGAAUAAGAGUAAUAUUGAGGUGGAGAUGUCUCAAACCGGAGGCCAGGGUCACUCCAGCAGGGUAGGCUGCAGGAAGUCUGACACUGUGGCUGGGAACUUUGAUGAGCUUCGUCUGCUGGAGGGAUUCUCAGGGAAGAUAGAGACACAGAAAUCGCUGCAGGCUGCAGCCAUGCCCUCGGGAAACUGCAUAAUCUACACUGACGUCCAUCAAGAUGAUAGGCACAGCUUCAGCAUGGUAAACCUCCUCAAAGACAAAUCCAACCAAGCCAACCACACAGAACGGUCACCCCUUCUCAAGUUCCCCCAAAAUGACAGUAUAACUUACAUGACACUGCAUGAGCCAAGCCUGGGGUCUGGAGAGGAAUCAUGGGAGGCAAGCUCUGCUGAAUUGGAGAGGAGGUGCAGGCUGGGCAGCGAGGUGACCAGUCUCUCCCACAUCACAUCCAUGGAGAAAUGUGAACAUUACUUCAAACUGUCAUUUCCCAUCAGGCACUGCUUAAGGACAACAAAAAUCAUCACCAUCUUCAUCAUUGUUGUUCUGUGUUCACUGUUCUUCAGCAUGUAUCCUGACAGGGAAAGCCCCUGGAGGAUGCUGGCAGUCUCAUCCACCGAAAGCUUCUCUAUGAAUCUUACUGAUUUUCGUGACAACUCCCUGCUGAAGCUGCAGGUUGGUGGGCCGUUUUUGGGGGGGAUGGAGGCAGUACAAGAAGCCCAGGAGUAUAUUCUGAUCCAGGUGGAGCAGACUGAAGAGGCGGGGUCUCGCCGGAGAAGAACUCAGCAGGUGCUUUAUAACUGGACUAUACCAUUGCAUUCCCAACGAAGUGACCAAAUUCUGAGAACAAGGACAUUCGAAAUGGUUAGCAGCGCUCAUAUUCUGAUCAGUGUGCAGGCCUUUCUGUUAGACAGUCAGGUGGUUCCUCUGUCCAUGACUCACCAGUCACUCUAUGUAACCGUGGAAACACAGGUGCUUAUCGCCGGAUUGAUCCUGGCAGGAGUCUAUGUGCUCAUCAUCUUUGAGAUUGUUCACCGCACUCUGGCUGCAAUGUUAGGAUCCCUGGCUGCUCUGGCAGCACUGGCUUUCAUUGGAGAUAGGCCGAGUCUGAUGACUGUUGUAGAAUGGAUCGACUAUGAAACUCUCGCAUUGCUGUUUGGAAUGAUGAUACUGGUGGCAAUAUUCUCUGAGACCGGUUUCUUUGAUUACUGUGCAGUGAAGGCGUAUCAGUUAUCACGAGGAAGAGUGUGGCCCAUGAUUAUGAUUCUCUGCCUAAUUGCGGCCGUUCUGUCAGCCUUUCUUGAUAACGUCACAACCAUGAUGCUCUUCACCCCUGUUACAAUCAGGUUAUGUGAAGUGCUCAAUCUGGACCCCAGGCACGUCCUGAUUGCCGAGGUCAUCUUCACUAACAUCGGAGGCGCUGCCACUGCUGUUGGAGAUCCACCCAAUGUCAUCAUCGUAUCCAAUCAGGAUCUGCGUAAAAAAGGGAUUGACUUUGCGGCCUUUACGGGUUACAUGUUCCUGGGAAUCUGUCUGGUGCUGCUGACCUCAUUUCCUUUUUUGAGAAUGCUGUACUGGAAUAAGAAACUUUACAACAAAGAAUCCAGCGAAAUCGUGGAACUGAAGCAUGAGAUUCUGGUGUGGAGGCAGACAGCCCAUCGCAUUAACCCUGCCAGCCGAGAGGAGACGGCCGUCAAGUGUCUUCUGAUGCAGAAGGUGCUCAAUCUGGAAAGCCUCCUACACAAGAAGCUCAAGACCUUCCAGAGGCAAAUAUCACAGGAAGACAAAAACUGGGAACACAAUAUUCAAGAGCUGCAGAAAAAGCACAGAAUAACUGACAAAAUCCUUCUGGUCAAGUGUCUGACUGUCCUUGGGGUGGUCAUCUUUAUGUUCUUCCUGAACUCCUUUGUCCCUGCCAUACAUCUGGAACUGGGUUGGAUCGCUAUUUUGGGGGCUCUGUGGUUACUGGUGCUGGCUGACAUUCAGGACUUCGAAAUCAUUCUUCACAGAGUGGAAUGGGCCACCCUGUUGUUCUUCGCUGCUCUGUUUGUGCUUAUGGAGGCCCUAGCACAUCUGCAGCUCAUCGACUACAUCGGGGAGCAGACAGCAGUGUUGAUAAAAGCAGUGCCAGAGGACGAGCGGUUGGCCAUCGCCAUCAUUUUGGUCAUGUGGGUCUCAGCACUGGCCUCCUCUCUUAUAGACAACAUUCCCUUCACUGCCACUAUGAUUCCUGUGCUUAUAAACCUCAGUCAAGAUGCAGAUGUCAACCUACCAAUUAAACCUCUCAUUUUUGCAUUGGCUAUGGGUGCUUGCCUUGGAGGAAAUGGAACACUGAUUGGAGCAUCUGCAAAUGUAGUGUGUGCUGGGAUUGCUGAACAGCAUGGUUAUGGAUUUUCCUUCAUGGAGUUCUUCAGGUUGGGCUUCCCUAUGAUGCUGAUGACCUGCACGAUAGGCAUGUGCUACCUGCUCGCAACUCACAUCGGGCUUGGCUGGAACACAUAAAUGUUCCAUAUACCUACAGUAUAUGGGGAAACAAAAAGACUUUGGGUGUGUCUGCAGUUUACAUUUGAGUGUGUGUGUUUGUGUUUUGAAUGACACAUCUGUUGUUCUUGGAAGGAUCCAUGAAGACUUAAACUUUUUAGACCUGGUUCAUCCUGAGUAACUUUUCUUUACAUGCAGGAGAGACCAUGAGAAACCAUGGGAACAUCUGAUCAUCUGCUGUAUUCCUACAGGUGUAUCACACUGCUAUGGUGCUACUGCUCAUUUGUGAUAAUGCCAAGACAUUUUUUAUAUAUUUGCCCAAAAAUAAGAAAACCAGAUUUUUUGUUGUUGUUGUUGUAAAAAUGCAGAUCUGCUUGUUUUAUUUGGUGAAGUUUGAUUAUUUUUUUUUUUUGUUUGUUUAAAAUUCCCUUUUUGAGACAUCUUCCAAAAGGGAUCCUCUGUGGCCCACUAUUGUUUCUAGAAAUCUUAAAAUUAUACAGUUUACAUCAUUUACCAUAUUCAGAAAAUCUAAAAUAAUGAUAUGCAUGUAGUUAUCCAUUGAUUUCAGAGAAAAAUUUGACCCACCAAUGAGAGAAGUUUUUAAUGAGAGAAGUGUAAUUUGCACGACAUGUACAGUAGUUGGGUGACACUUUCUAAUUAUGAUGACUGUAUCUAAAAUGAAUGGUAUUCGUAAUGCCUUUUAAUGCACCUUAUAAUAAAAAUGUAUGGUGUAAAUAAUUGUAACCACAUUUGUAAUACAUUAUAAUGCUUGCUUAAACAUUGAACACAAAAAAACUGUGUGUUUAAUGCUUUAUGGUGAAUAGUGAAAGGUAAAUAUUAAUUGUGGUUACGGUUGUUUACAGUAUGAAUGUCAGUACCUUUAUAUAAACGAAGACCUCUAUAGUGCAUUAUAUAGUGCAUGCUUAUAGGACACAUGGAAAGUGUUACUGUUGUGGGUGUUUUGGAUUUUGGUUCGAUCAUUGUGUUCAGUCACUGUUUGUUUGCUUCAACAAGAAAUUCUUGCAUCUGAUUGCAAGGAGAGAGUUUAUGUAAUCAAUAAUGCAUUAUAUGUGUUUUAAUCAGUUCCCACUAUUUUUUUUUAUUCAGUCACUUCAGCUCUGACCUAAUUAAACAUUGCUAUAACAAUCCACUACAGAACUACCAGCUGUUUUAGAAUUAAUUGUGCAAGUACUUAAAGCAAGUAAUUGACUAAGCAGUUUAAAAUGUUGCCAUGCAAGGACCUUUUUAAGUAUAAAUGUACGUGUGGAUAAAUAACAAGCUGUAAAUUAUAACUUCACUUUAAUGUAUUUGAUUUUUAAUUGAUCAUACUAUAUAGUGCAAUAAGACAUGUCCCUGGAUCAACAUCUUAUGAUGAUACUGGAUCAACAUUAUUGUCCAAAAUACAGACUUAACCCAAUCCCUACCCCUAAACCUAACCCUACCAAUAAUUUAUUCCUAAAAAUCAGUGGGAAAUGAUAGCUGAUUAACAAGGGUGAAGAAGCACGUAACCCUAAGCCUAAAACAGAUAUUUCCUGAAAAGUUAUAUCUCUGUUCUGAUUGGUUGAUUGAUAUGUGUUCCAGGAUCAACAAGGGUGUUGAUCCAGGAACAUGUUGUACUUGGUGAAAUCAGGCUCACCUUCUUUAUUACUCAUAUUGCCCCUAGUGUUUUUUGUUUUAUUUUGUUUUGUUUUUUACCAUCAAACUUUCAAUGCUAUCAAAACAUAUCAGAUAAAACACCUGUGUGUACUAAGAUCACCAUGGGAAGAAUCUAUCCGAUUGAUGAUCACUUUGGGUUUAAAAGAGAAAAAGGCAUUUACAUCAUGCAGUCAAUCACUUUUUCUACAUGUGCAGUAAAAACAGGAAUUGUGAGAUAUGACAAAUGGAUCAGUAAUUGUAAUUUGCCCAUUUGUUUGAUCAUCACAUCUGCUGCAUAUACUGAAUGCACAUUAUCAGUGAGUGAAGUUGAGCAUGCAUGUCACCACACAACUACAUGCAAUAGCUGGAAUGCUUGAGGUGGAUGGAAUUAAUUUGGCAAAGAGGUGCUGAUUACCUCCAGCACCCAUGAAAUGUCACAGGCAACACUGUGCAAUUAUAUAGGAUUUUGUUCACCAAGUCAAAUAUAUUUAUGCAACAUACAGCAAAACAGCAACAACAGCAAGAACAACAACAAAACAACUUUAAUUGCAAAUAAAAAUCAUUUAAAAACAAUUUUUAUAACUUAAAAAGUCAUAAUUCUAAAUGUACUUUUUUAACAUAAUUUUUUACAUAAUGAAAAACAGAAAUGGGCUUCCAUAAACAAGAAAACAAACAGGCAAAAGAAACAGUGAGAAGAUUGUAAGCAUCAUCUAACAGCAAUUUUAGGUGUCCCACUUAAAAAAGAACCUUUAACCAAACAUCUAAAAUCUAACCAUCUAAUCUUGGGCAAUCUGGGUGGGUGACAGAUAAAUCUUGGACAUUGUUAAACCAAAAAUAAAAUGCCAUAUGGAGUAAUAAUACAAAUGGAUUUUAUUCCUAUAUUGUGCUAUACCUUCCACGAUGGCAGCUUAGUGAUCUACAAAUAAAAAUUCAUUGACUCUUGGGAAGAUACAGCUGUGGUCCUGAGCGUAAAGUACAGCACUACUGUGUGUAGCUGUUUAUAUGUAUAUGGUUGUGGUCUCUUGUGUAGUGUGUGUGUGUGUGUGUUCAGCUGUGGGAACUGGCUGCAAAGUGAGGAUGUUAAAAGGUAAGUCAGUUCCCCUCUGAGUCAGUCUCUGAAUAAAGCACACUGAGCUAGACAGUUGCACAUAUGGCAUGAUAAGACUUCUGCCGUGGCAACAUCUGCUGAGCAUUCACAGAAUCCACUGCAUGUUUCAGUCUCGUAUAGCAUUAGCAUGCUGAGUUUUUUCCUUGUGGUAUCACUGUAACACAUAUGAUGCAAAAUAAGACUUAAAAUAGAACUUCUCACUGGAACUGUUCAUUCAAAACGUGUUCCAUCAAACCUAUAAAUAAUGAUAUAUAAUAAACCUUUCCUUUUACACAGCAGGGCUGCAAUUUUUGCAUUUAAUUUCUUGAUCGUUUGAGUUUUGAAUCUCUGUCAGUGGGUUCCAUUAGUUUCCAGCUUAUUGUCCCCUUGACAUUCUAUCAAACAAGGAAAUGCACAGAUUUAUAGUGUAAUGGUUGCAGAGAAUAGCUUUUAACAUGAGGCACUACGUUUCUGAAAUGUCCCCGGUACAGACUAUGAUUAGAAAUGCCUAUUAAAUGGUGAAUUGCAGAAUUUGAUGGAAAGAGAUUUUUCUGGCACAACCAGAUUUAACUUUUUAGCUCUACAGCUGCUGUUCAACUAUUUCAAUGCCUUUUUAAAAGUAAAAGGUUCCCCCGUAUUUUAUAUAAAAAGUUACAAAGUGCUAAUAAUACAGAACAAUUAGCAUGUCCUUGUCUAAUUUAAUCUUUGGAAAAUGUAUUCAAACUGACAGAGCAAUGUUUUCAAAAUAUAAUUUAGAGAACACACUUCCUUUCAACCAGCUCAGUUCUAAAGUCUGUCCUGUAAAAGCUCUAGAUUCUUUCUGCUGCCAGAUUACACAAAAGUAAAUGACAGCGGACCAUACAGAGGUUCAAGAUUGUUACCAGGAUUAUUGUGUGAUUGAGGGAACAUGCAGUAUAUGUUUAACCAUAUGUUUUGUCACUCAUAGAGGGCUUGGGACUGUGUGUGGAUCCCUUCUUUGUAGAUGUCAUUUUCCUCCAAUUUCAGUGUGGAAUGAGAAAGGAUGGCAGAUUUCAGUCUAUACCCAAGUCCAACUUCAAGUUCAUUGAAUACUGUGCCAUUCAAACAACCCUCAGUGGCAUGAAUGAAUUAAAAAUUUCUCUGUUACAAA